CAGAAGUCAGAACAAACUUUUUGAUAUACCCAACACUCCAACCCAUUAGUUUCUUAUCAUCACCUCCUCCUUUGAAUCCCAAACAAUGUGGAUUUUCGGAAGAAAAGGGGAAUCGGGAUUUUCAGCUUCCUCGACAGCAGAGGAAGUUACUAUUGGCAUCCAUGGACCGGGUCUCACUGCCAUUGUUACUGGAGCUACAAGCGGUAUUGGCGCUGAGACAGCACGAGUCCUUGCCAUGCGUGGAGUUCAUGUAGUUAUGGCAGUUAGAAAUACAGAAAAAUGUAAUAAAGUUAAAGAAACUAUACUUAGAGAAACACCUGAGGCAAAAGUUGACAUAAUGGAGCUAGAUCUAAGCUCUCAGGCAUCCGUAAUGGAUUUUGCAGCUAAGUAUCGUUCUUCGGGCUAUCCCUUACACAUUCUAAUUAACAAUGCAGGGGUCUUAUCUCCACCAUUUAAGCUUUCAAAGGAGAAAAUUGAGCUACAUUUCGCCACUAAUCAUUUAGGUCAUUUUCUUUUGACAAAUCUCUUGUUAGAGACGAUGAAAGUUACUUCCUAUGAACAAAAAACAGAAGGAAGAAUAAUCAACGUUUCUUCUAGUGGUCAUCGUUUUGUUAGGAGUGGAAUUUUCUCUGAUCAACUAAACAAUGAAAAAAGUUAUAAUUAUAUAUACGCUUAUGGACUAUCAAAACUAGCUAAUAUACUUCAUGCCAAGGAACUUGCAAGGCGAUUGAAGGAGGAGGGAGUGAACAUCACGGCAAAUUCAUUACAUCCUGGAUUUAUUGUUACUGAAAUUUUUCGCGGAUUUAGUAUUUUCUCAGUUGUCUGCAAUGCCAUUUUGAAGUACUUUGUGAAAGAUGUUGCACAGGGAGCGGCAACAACAUGCUAUUUGGCAUUGAAUCCUAGGGUGAAAAGCAUAACGGGAGAGUAUUUUUCUGAUAGUAAUUUGGCGGAACCAUCCUGGAUAGCCAAAGAUCGGAAGUUAGCAAAAGAAUUGUGGGAGUUCAGUUUGAGUCUGACUAGCUAGCUCUGAGCCUCUGAGUUUAUUUUAAUAAGUUUUGCUGAUGUAUGGGUGUUGCUCUUAGUAUAAUAGUGUUGUCCUGUGGCCACUCUUUUUUUUUCUAAAUGUAUUAUAUAUGUGUGGUUUGAUGUAUGGCGAAACAAAGGUUUUACA